AUGGCGGACGACCGCGUCGUCCAGUGGCUGCCGGACGUCGCAGCGCUCGCCGUCCUCAGCGUGGCCGUGCACUACCUCCUCGGUCUCUACGGACUCCUGGCCGCGUUGCUGCUCAUCAUUUUGCUCGACCGCGGCGUUUCCCGCAAAUCCCUGCCAGUGGACGGGCGGACGUCGUCCACUCUCCUAGCGGACGCGUCCACCAAAACCCCAGCGGACGCCAUCCACCAAGUCCGGCCCGAGGAUCCGCGCAGCCCGCCGCGUCCACCAGCACGACUGCAGCAGCAAGCCCACCAUUUCCACGAUGAAGACGAGCCACCGUCUCCUCCUCCUCCGUCCGCUCUCGUCGUCCGCGACGUCGCGAGCGUCCACCAGACGUCCACCAUGUCGUCCCCCACUCCGUCCAUCCAGCUCAACGCCCGUACGCCCGUGGCCAUUGAGACGGAGCUCUUCAUCGGCCACGCGCUCCUAUUGGUGCGCACCGAGCCCGCGCCUCCCCAGUACGCCGCGCUGUUCGCCAACAAGCGCCGUCUCUUUUGGAUCCAAGUGCAGGGCCAGUUCAAGCAGCCGCCGCCCGGGCCCAUUUUCCUCGGGGGCGAGCUGCCCGCGCCCAUCGCGCUCGGCGUGUUGACGCGCAGCCUCGCGCUCGUGAUUAUGCGCCUGAUCCGGCGUCUUGUGGGCCGCGUGAGCUUCAGCUUUGGACGAGACGGUCCGGACCAGGAGCUGCCAGCCGUGGCGUUCCCGCUGUUCCAGUCGGUGGACCAACUGGUGGAGACGCCGGCGGGGGCGACGCCCCCCAUGCUGGGCACAAGCGACUUUGGCGAGCAGGACGAGGAGCGGGAGCGACGGAGACGGACGCCCAUUGGGGCCGAGACGCUGCGGGUGGGACCGACGUACACUUUUGAUUUCCAUACCAUGUACGUGGAUCUGGCCAAGUGGGAGACGGCCAACUUGCCCAGCGGUCUCAAUGCGAUGAACUUGGCCACGUUUUUCGACUCGUUGCCGCUGCGUUUGGUGGCGUACGCAGUGCGUCCACCGGGGACAGGAGCGGACGAAGUGGCGGCGGUGGACCGCCAUUGCCAGCGGGACAAGGAGUACUUGUUCUCGUUCGAAGUCGCGUUUGAUAAACGUCGACGGGCGAGGAGUGGACGACCUGGUGCGACGAGUGAGCACGAGAUGAGACGAGACGGACCUCGACAUGACAGUACUGGACAGGGUUCGAUCUUGGCUGCUGGACUUGGAUUGGGUGGGAUGACGGGCUCGGAGAUGAGCACGAUGAGCACGUCGUUGAGUGAUGCUAGUUCCCUGACGGAAGAGGAUGAUCCUGUGCUGGCACAAGAACACGCCGACUUUAUGCGGUUUGAACAUGCUCGACGACUGGGGCAGCUCUCGUUUUCGUACUUGUGUUGGAUGGAGGAAGUCAAUGUGGCGUCGGAUGUGCGGCGCGUCCACUACGUGUUUGCAGUGAAAGAUAAAGUGAGUGAGUAUGACGACGACGCACUUGAUGAGGGCGAUGACGACGACGGCGACGACGAGGUCACGCAACUGCAGUCGCGCUACCGGCUUGCUAUUGUCAGUAGCUACGAGCUGCGCCACUUGUUGAUGAGCCGUCACGCUUUACGUUCUAGCAAGGCAGCGGAAGAGCUGGCAAAGUUGCGCUUCCACAGUCGCUCACGUAUUGCCAGCUAUAGCACGAUCUCGGCUGAAGCGCAGCAAGUUGCAUUGCACCUUCAGAGGCUGGCUAGUGAGCCACUUCGACCAUCAGCGCCGCCGUCGUAUGCCAGUGAUUGCACGAGUGAUACGGAUUCGUUAUGCGGAGGACGAAGUGAAGAAGAACAGAAAAGCCUUGACGAAGUGCGUCUUGUUGUAGCCCAGGCUGCACUUUACAGAUGCCUCACGAAGCGUCAGAAGCUGCAAGAGUCUUGUACUUCCGGCAUGAGAUUGUCUCCAUCUCGAAUCGGCGUAAAUCUGAGCCGCCACGACCGAGAAGAUAUGGGUGUGAUUUUUGAAGGCGUGGUGUACCGCUACUACGCUGCUGAAUUGUUACGACAGGAGGUUUUGUUGCUCACAAACGACGCUCUACUGUUUUAUCGAUCGUUCGCUCCCAGCGCUGAAAAACAAGUGCCACGCUCGCACAUCAUUGGUGCCCGAGCUGUGGCGAUGCCUUCGACUGCAGCGUAUCUUGAUGGUGCGAGUGGGACUGAUGGAGCUUUCGCGUUGCAGAUCAGCACGUUUGCCGAAGAGAUUGUGCUAUGUGUUGGCACGUGUUCUGCGCGGGAUGCUUGGGUGCGAGGCAUUUUGCAGUACUACACUCCCAAGACCAAUUUCGAUCGUGCGCGGGAUGGGGAGAUAUGCAUCGACUUUGCUGCAUGCACUGCGCUUCGGCCCGCCAACCGUGUUGAACUUAACUCACGACUGCUUUUUCCGCAGUUGAAGUCUCAAGAUCUGCAGAGGGGCGAAACCAGUGACCGAGCGCGCAUUGAAACAAUUUCCACUGGCACUGUAUCUGGUGUACUCACGCUCGUGGAGCGUACAGUGACGCGUGCAGUGCACAUCCUGAAUAAUGCGCAGCAGCUCUCGGUGCACGACGUGCUAGCGUUCUUAGAUGACGCAAGCGCGUUGCGCGCGGUGGACUUGAAGCUACUACAGGAGUCGGGCUCUCAUGAAGAACAGAUGGCUUUUUACUUGAACCUGUACCAUACGGUGCUUGCUCACGCGAUGAUUGCGCACGGCUUCCCGAGAGGCAAAGGUCAGUGGAGUCACUUUCUCACGCGGUCAUGCUAUAUAUUGAGUCGUGGUCCAGAGGGGGUGCAGGUCAGUCUGUCACUGGCAGAGAUUGAACACGUGAUUCUGCGUGCUCGCAUGCCUCACGCUGAUCUUCCUCAUUUGACCGUGAAGAGCGUCUUGAUGACGGCAAAUGAACCAUCGAAUCGUCUGGAGGGACUUGGUGUCACGCAUCCCGAUUUCCGUCUCAGUCUGGCACUGGUAGUAAAUCACCCUGGCAGUGAAGAAGUAGUGAUUUACGAUCCGGCGUCUGUGCAUGAUCAGCUGAAUGCAGUUGUGCGUUCGCUGCUUACGUGCUCUAGCGCACAAGGGCAUUUGGAAAUAAGGGAGGACUCGCACACGAUAGUGUUGCCGCGCGUGUGCGAAUGGUACCGUCGUGAUUUCGGUGGGACUGAUUCAAGUGCGUCCGCGAUCUACACUCGCAAGCUCCUUGGAUUCAUGGACAGCAAGUUGCAGCUACAGGUGAUCAAUGCCAUGGGUCUCGACGACACUCCGCUGCGCACAAAGUUCCGUUCGUUCAAGUAUACACCGAAAUCCACGCUCGUGCUGGCCAGGAGUCGGCGACCAUCAGUGUCCGGCUUCAGCGUUGACAACACUGAGUCUGCUCAGACCGACGAAAGCGGCGGGAUGACGCAACUCUAG